UCCUGUAACGAACACUGACAAAAAUCAACUAAAUUUGAACAAGUGGAGUUUCCCUCUCGAUCAACACUAAGUUGGAGUUAUUUCCAGAAAAGACAAAGCGAACUCAACAUGAUGCAGCCAGCGGACCAGAUCUUCUCCUGCGGAUUCGAGCUCUUUGGGCGAGUGCAGGGUGUGUGCCUGCGGAAGCAGACCCGAGAUCUGGCCACAAUGAACCAGGUGCGCGGGUGGGUGAUGAACACGGACGAGGGCACAGUGAAGGGUCAGCUGGAGGGCACCCUGCCCAAGGUCAACGAACUGAAGUUCUGGCUUCUGAAUUUCGGCAGUCCGCGCUCGAUUAUCGAGCGGGCGGACUUCACGCCCACCAAGGAGAUCACUUCGCACAACUUUAGCCGCUUCUCGAUUCGCUACCACAAUGUGUCUGCCCAGAAAAAGGCCAUUUAGUGGAGGAUUCGUAACGUGUACACUACCAAAUUGUAACUGUGUAACAGUGUAUUUGCUGUAACUAUUUGUUUGGACCUUUAAAUUGAGCUGCCUACGAAGUGCUUCUACGAACAUCAUUUAUAAACCUCUAAAAUGAAAAACAGGCUGCCAGCCACUAAUUAAGCCGCACAAAGAAAUGCUCAGCGCAAUUACAUGGAGGCUGGCACAUCCACUAUAUACUUAUUUUGAUAUAUCUACAAAAGUAAAUAUAUGUACAGUGUAUGUGA